AUGGCAGCGGCCAACUUCGGCAAGAUCCAGAUAGGGAUCUACGUGGAGAUCAAGCGCAGCGAUGGCCGAAUUCAUCAAGCCAUGGUAACAUCGCUAAAUGAAGAUAAUGAAAGCGUAACUGUUGAAUGGAUUGAAAAUGGGGAUACUAAAGGGAAAGAGAUUGAUUUGGAGAGCAUAUUUUCACUUAACCCGGAUCUUGGACCUGAUGAAGAUAUUGAACCUAACCCAGAGACAAUGCCACCACCUGCUUCAUCAGCUAAAGUAAACAAAAUUGUGAAGAGUCGACGAACUGUGUUACCUUCUAAGAAUGACCCUCCUGCAAGAGAUAAUAGAGUGGUUGGUUCUGCACGUGCACGACCUACUCAACUUCCUGAGCAGCCUUCCUCUUCUCAACAGAAUGGUAGUGUUUCAGAUAUAUCUCCAGUUCAAGCUGCAAAAAAGGAAUUUGGACCCCCUUCACGUAGAAAAUCUAACUGUGUAAAAGAGGUUGAAAAAUUGCAAGAGAAGCGUGAAAAAAGAAGGUUACAGCAGCAGGAACUUAGAGAAAAGAGAGCUCAGGAUGUUGAUGCUACAAACCCAAAUUAUGAAAUUAUGUGUAUGAUAAGAGAUUUCAGGGGAAGUUUGGAUUAUAGACCACUGACAACUGCAGAUCCGAUUGAUGAGCACAGGAUUUGUGUUUGUGUACGAAAACGACCACUCAAUAAAAAAGAAACUUUAAUGAAAGACCUUGAUGUAAUAACAAUUCCUAGUAAAGAUGUUGUGAUGGUACAUGAACCAAAACAAAAGGUGGAUUUAACAAGGUACCUAGAAAACCAAACUUUUCGUUUUGAUUAUGCCUUUGAUGACACGGCUCCUAAUGAAAUGGUUUACAGGUUUACAGCUCGACCAUUAGUGGAGACCAUAUUUGAAAGGGGAAUGGCCACUUGUUUUGCAUAUGGACAAACAGGCAGUGGGAAAACCCAUACCAUGGGUGGUGACUUUUCGGGAAAGAACCAAGAUUGUUCUAAAGGCAUAUAUGCACUUGCAGCUCGAGAUGUCUUUUUAAUGCUAAAGAAGCCAAACUAUAAGAAGUUAGAACUUCAAGUAUAUGCAACAUUUUUUGAGAUCUACAGUGGUAAGGUUUUUGACUUGUUGAACAGGAAGACAAAAUUAAGAGUGUUAGAAGAUGGUAAACAACAAGUCCAGGUGGUGGGAUUACAGGAGCGGGAAGUCAAAUGUGUUGAAGAUGUUCUUAAGCUUAUUGAAGUAGGCAACAGCUGCAGGACAUCUGGCCAGACAUCUGCAAAUGCACACUCAUCUCGAAGCCAUGCAGUGUUUCAGAUUAUUCUCAGAAGGAAAGGGAAAUUGCAUGGUAAAUUUUCUCUGAUUGAUUUGGCUGGCAAUGAAAGAGGAGCAGAUACUUCGAGUGCAGAUAGGCAGACACGACUGGAAGGUGCGGAAAUUAACAAGAGCCUUUUAGCACUCAAGGAGUGUAUUAGAGCCUUAGGUCGAAAUAAACCUCACACACCCUUCAGAGCAAGUAAACUAACUCAGGUGCUAAGAGAUUCAUUCAUUGGAGAAAACUCACGUACCUGUAUGAUUGCUACAAUUUCUCCAGGGAUGGCAUCAUGUGAAAACACUCUAAAUACACUGAGAUAUGCAAAUAGAGUAAAGGAAUUUGGAAUUAGUCCUUCGGACAUUCCCUUCUCACAGGGUAGUGGCAGUCGCUCUGAUCUCUCUCCUUCCUAUGAGUAUGACGACUUUUCUCCUUCAAACACCAGGGUGAAGGAGCUGACGGUUGAUCCUAGUGCUGCAGGAGAUAUCCGUUCCAUUAUACACCAUACUCCCAAUCAGAUGGAUGACUUGGAGACACAGUGGGGUGUGGGAAGCUCUCCUCAGAGAGAUGAUCUCAAACUGCUUUGUGAACAAAAUGAAGAAGAAGUUUCUCCGCAGUUGUUUAGUUUCCAUGAAGCUGUGUCACAGAUGGUAGAAAUGGAAGAGCAAGUAGUAGAAGACCACAGGACUGUCUUCCAGGAAUCCAUUAGAUGGUUGGAAAUUGAAAAACAACUUCUUGAGAUGACAGAAGAAGUAGACUAUGAUGUGGAUUCUUACGCUACCCAACUUGAAGCAAUUCUAGAGCAAAAAAUUGAUAUUCUGACCGAACUUAGAGACAAAGUGAAAUCUUUCCGGGCAGCUCUGCAAGAAGAGGAGCAGGCCAGUAAACAGAUCAACCCGAAAAGACCACGUGCCCUUUGAAAACGGCCUCUGCUGCUAAAGAAAUUCACGAACCUG